CGACGUUUAACCGUAUAUUUUCUGGUGCCCUACAUCUAGAGUUCCGAGUCGGUUAUAUUACUUUGAGAACGUUAAAGAAAGCUGCCCUUCGUUAAUCGGGCAAGUAUUUUUCAUUGUUAUUUCAAGAAUUUUCUAACAAUGUGCACGAUAUUGACAAAUGACUUGUUAGUUCAAGGUUAAGCAACAUUACUCGCACACGAAACAAAUUUACGCAAAUAAUCAAAAUUUCAUGUGCUUUACGCUGUGUGUCAUCCGGAAGUCUACAGUAAGCGACAGCAAGUCCAUCUUCAGGAAAAGCUUCUAGAAAUUUGUCCUUUUACUUUGGGAUGAUGAGGGCCAUCAUCUCAACUCUGCUGGUCACCACACCAUUUCUCUUUAACUUUGUCGAACCAAUUACGCUUAAAGAUCUAAUGAGCAGAGAUUCUAGAAGUUCUUCUUCUCGUCCUGCAGUACGUCUUAAUUCUAUUUUGUAUCGACUUCGUCCCAAUGAAAAAUACGCAGUGUAUAAUAACGUAGUACUUGCGAAAAUCAACCACAUACAGAACGCUAUCUUCGCAGAAAAAGAUGAAACGGGUUACGUUGUAUACCGGAAUGGUGGAGCUGAACACUUUUCGCCCCAGGCAUGGAUGAUGGAAAUGGUUUGCUUCUCUCAACUUAAGUCAGAAAAUAAAUGGGUGUGUAAUGUAGCUAACCACCUCUGGCAGCGCCACCCUUAUGUUCGACAAAGACAGGCAGAACGUGACGCUGCAGCGGGGCGUGUCCCUCACCGAUAUUAAAAAUUACCUACAAUUACAUUAAUGUACUAUCAAUAUCUCUUCAGCAG